GGUGAUUUGCUUUUCUCGCAGUUGGGAGGGGAGGCGUAACUCUGGGUUUGUGCCGGCUGUUUUGGGUGGAUUGCUGGAUCUACGCGCUCGCCAUGGUCUUCCUACCGUGGAAUUCGGGGCGUGGAGCCUGCUCUGGGAGGAUAAAAGACAGUCAACAUGCGCUCUAUGUACAUCUCAUCCUCACCUCCGGCUCUUUCUCUGCUAUUUAUCCUCUUGCCAAGACUCUUGAAACCCUCGCUUGACUUGAACUCAAUAUGAAGCUCACUGUUAGCCUUUUCCUCCGGGAACAGUGCACCGUCCUCACCAAGCCUGCUUCUUACGCUCCCUCCCUGGCUGGAAAGACCGUCAUCAUCACCGGCGCCAACACAGGGCUAGGAUACGAGGCUGCUCAGCAUCUGGCACGCUUGUGCCCUGGAAGGCUUAUCCUCGCGUGCCGAGAUCCGAAAAAGGGCAGGGAUGCGGCUGAAACGAUUGGUCGGGUUACUGGGUGUGGGAACGUACAGGCGUGGACGGUGGAUAUCGGUAGUAAUGCGAGUGUGAAAGCGUUUGCGGAGAGGUUUGAGAGGGAGACUGAGGGGAGACUUGAUAUUCUGAUCGAAAACGCGGGAGUCAAUGUGCCGAAGAUGGAACGUACUGUAGAUGGAUGGGAGAAGAACAUCGGUAUCAACCACCUUGGAACCGCCCACCUCGCCUUGCGCAUGCUCCCUUUCCUGCUUCAAGCAUCCCAGCCCCGGCUGGUGAUCCUCGCCAGCGACGUGCACUACUUUACCGCGGAUCCGGAAGGGUUGAACCAACCGGACGUUCUCCACCGGCUGAACUCUGAUAGGCAGACGAACAAAUUUGAGAGCUUUGAUGGUAUUCAGCGGUACGACGUCUCCAAGACCCUCAACGUCCUCUGGGGAGAGGAAUUGUCAAGGCACAUCCCCUCCUCUUCCUCCUUAACCGUCACCACUUUAAAUCCUGGCUUAUGCGUCUCCGCCCUCCUUCGGGACCAUUCAUUUACCCACCGACUCUGUGCCCGGGUUAUCGGUCGCUCUACUGGAGUGGGAAGCAGGACUAUCGUCCAUGCCGCAGUUGCACCUGAACUGCAGGGCAAGACAGGCGUGUUUCUCAGCAGCUGCAGGAUUACAGAACCCAGCGAUUUUGUUAUCAGCAAGGAGGGUCACGCGCAUUGCGACCCAGUAUCUCAAUUCAUAAGGUACCUCUGAUUCUCGUGUUCAUAGUUUGUCGAGGUGCGAGAAUUGGUAGCUGAGUUUCUUACACCUUCAAUUUCUUUCUCUUUCUCAUCCGUGCCUCCAGGCACGCCACGUUUCCCCGUGCACAUUCGUUGGUUUAUCUUCUUCCCCCAUGCUUUCC